CAACAAUACCGCUACAUCAUCUCAUGAUGAAUCUUUUUGUUUGUAUGGAAGAAACAAACAGAGUUCUUGAAGAAUAAAAGUUAAAUUCAACAGCAUAGCUGCAGUGCUUUGUAUGAAGAAGAGGCCUACGUAAAAACUAUUGUUAGGAAAACAUCCAUAUAAUUCUUGCCUCUAGCAAAUGAAGAAUGUCCAAGUACCAACGUUUGAUGCUUUCGAUGCUUUGAUGGUUGAAGUAAUCAACUAUUCAACCACUAAUUCGAGUGAUAUGCAGGAUUCUAGUAUACUUCUCGAAUCACUUGGUGUCAGUGUGAGUCAGAAAUUGAUUGAAAAGGCUACAAAAGAUCAUGCCAGGUUUAUUAACGAAUUAGACAUUGUUAAGUAUGUGUGUACGGAUUUCUGGUCUUCAGUAUACCACAAACAAGUUGAUACACUAAAAACAAAUUAUCAGGAUGUUUAUGUUCUCACAGUUCAUGAUUUUCAACCUUUACUGAAAUUCGAAGGUAUCCCGGAAAGUAUUCCAGAAAUCCCUAAACACUUAGCAUUCCCUUCAGGACUUCUAAAAGGAGCGUUGUGUAGUCUUGGUUUGAAUUGUGCUGUUGCAGCCGAUUGUGAACAACCACCCACAUGUAAAUUCACAGUCACGGUGUUGUCGUGCAAAGAAGCUAACUGAUGUACAGGCUUUCAAUUCGUUUGAAGUUAUUAACUUUAUUAUUCUUACUAUAUUUUGAUCAGUAAUAGUAUGUUUUAUAAUCCAAUUUGAUUUUUUAUUUGGUUCAAACGUUUUCAUCAGAGUAAAUUUCCUUGUACUAACUGUUAUGUCGUGGGUUUGGAAUGAACCCAAUUAUGAGGCAAAUAUUUCAGGUCAAUUCUUUGUAUAUUCUUACCAACUGUCAAUUUCUAAUUCCCAUCUAGUAACACACAGGUUUCAAACUCACUACAUUUAUUGAGGUUUGUGUCGUCAAGUAGUAUCAGGAUGCUGCAAAUAAUAGUUGUUGCUUCAUAAGCUAGCAUAUUUGUUUGUUAAAAUAAAUCCAUUAUCUUGG